CAAACACAUCGCACGGCUGUAUCACAAUGGCUGAGCCAUCCCCCGACGCCAUCAAAACCAACAACAGUCACCUGGGAGGUAUCACACGCCUCUGCUUCUCCCGGGACGGCGCCACCAUCUUUACCGCAGGUAGUGAUUGUCUUGUUCGGAUUCACCAGGCAGACAAUCCAGAAAGUGAACCUGGGUUCCAUGAUGAUCAUCACGAAGACGUGACCUGUUUAGCCAGCUCUUCCGAUCAAUUGAUCACCGGAUCGGUAGACAAUAUCGUGAGACACUACUCUUAUCCUCAAAACGAGUUUCUAGGGUUUGUCACGCGCUCGUCAGGGGUACCCAUUAGGUUCUUGGAUGUCGACAAGGCGGGGGAGAGAGUGGCGGUUUGUAGCGAUGAUAUGGUGGUGAAGGUAGUCGACCUCAAGGAUACCUCGAUCUGGUCUCAGGUAUCUGAUAACAACAAGCCCGUACGGUCGGCCACUUGGGAUCCUCUGGGCAAAUAUCUUACAACCAUAUGUUGCGAUGGAAAGCUUAAGAUCUACGAUACCACAGGUUCUACCGCUAUUUGUGUCAAGGUUUUCGAAGCUGUUGUCUACGCGAGUGAAUCCGACUCCAAGUCGUCUUGUUACGCGCAAUGGCAUCCUUCUGGGGCAUACUUUGCUGUGCCCACGCGCACUAAUGACAUUGCAAUCUACAAUCGAGAUUCUUGGACCAAGCAGUCGACUUUUGUCCCCGACGGUCCUAAAGCACUUAUAGGUGAACUUACCUGGUCCCCCAAUGGACGUUACUUGGCCGCCUCGGCUGCUGCCAAUAUUUACGUCUUCUCCACCGACACACGUCAACCUGUCGCCGCGUACACCUGCCCCAAGGGUGCUAUCUCCGCCCUUGCCUUCUCUCCCAUCUCAAAUCUCCUUGCUUUCACCUCUCUCGAUGGUUCCUUCCACCGUUGGUCUGAUCCAAUCUCCAGCGAUCUUGCCGAUCCCGUGUCAGACGAUGAGGCGAGGCAAAAGAAAUUUGAACAGUUGUUGGACGAUGAAUUCGGAGACGAUGAUGGAGAGAUUCAAGAAAAAGGGGAGGAUUUGGGGGACGACGAGCUUUUCGGGGACGAUGCGUGGAUCGUGGAUGAUGAUGGUAAAUAUACAGGGUAUGGCAAAGAUGAGGAGGACAAGCCAAAGGGGAGAACCGCGGUGGGUAUCUCCAGAGCCCAGGAGGCUUUUGAGCCAGGAAGCACGUCCUUCAGAAACAAAAAGCGUUACCUCGCGUUCAACAUGAUCGGUGUGAUCGACGUCACAGACCAAGAAACUCAUAACGUCGUCAACGUCGAGUUCCACGACAGGUCUGCGCGCCGCGGCUACCACUUCCAAGACCACCACAAGUACACGCUCGCCUCUCUCGGAGAACAGGGUAUCGUCUACGCCUGUGAAUCCGAGGACGAACAGCCUUCCAUCAUCUACUACCGUCCUUACGACUCGUGGACUACUCAGGCAGAUUGGCAAAUAGACCUCUCACCUGGAGAGAACGCGGUCUGCGUUGCUGCGGGGGGUGGGCCAAGUUCCGAGCAGUGGAUGGGAAGCGUGGUUGUCGCGACGAGUAAAGGAUUUGUGCGCUUCUUCACUGCUAGUGGGGUGCAGAGGUAUCUGUGGAGCUUGGGAGAGGAUAUCAUCACGAUGGCCGCAGGGAGGGGAGAGGUUGUGGUAGUCCAUCGGGAAGGGCCAGCGGUGGAUGGCUGUCAGAAUCUGAGGUAUACGUUGCUUGACUUGGAUACGUUCGAUAUCAUCCAGGAGGGCAAGAUCCCAUUACCACGGAAGAUUGAGCUCGACUGGAUUGGAUUCACGUCUGAAGGAGUUCCUGCAAUCUAUGAUUCUGCUGGUCUUCUUUCCGUCCUCGAUCGUCAUCGCCGUCCUGGCCAAGCCCGCUGGGUACCUUUGCUCGACACCACGUCUCUCGCCAAAGACGGCAGGAAAGAAGCUUACUGGCCCGUGGGCGUGUCCCAGACGCACAUGUCUUGUAUCAUUCUCAAGGGUUUGGAAGUGGAGCCCUGGUUCCCGAGACCACUUUUGCAAGAGAUUGAACUGCGCAUGCCGAUGCUCAAUAUGAUAGAGCAGCAAGGCAAGUCUGAAGAAAGUCUCGCUCGAGGCUCUCUUACCCUGUCCAACCUUUCCCCGAUCGAUCCCGAGGCUUCCUACACUAAAAAGGAGACCGAAGUCGCCCUCGACAAAGAGAUUCUCCAGCUCAUUCAGGGUGCUUGCAAAGCCGACAAGCUCCAGCGCGCCCUCGAUCUCGCUCGUCUCGUAUAUCAGCCAGAGUCCGUGAAGGCCGCUUCCACCAUCGCUGCCUUCUACCACCUACCUGGUCUCAAAGACCGGAUCCUCAACGUUCGAGGUGAGAAGGAGAAAAAGGGCAAGGAGAGGAAGUUGAAGGAGAAAGAGAUGGAAAGGGCGAGGGGAAAGGACUACACUGGGGUUAGCCAGAAGGCGACGAUGCCGGAGGCGUCGAGCAGUAGACAAUUCCAGGACUUUGCACCUAGGUCGAGGAGGGCAGUUGGAUCUUCCGUCAAUCGAGACUCAACACCGGCGUCGAGCAACCCAGUGUAUGUCCCCGAGACGCCCGGGGAAGAUGUGGAAAUGGAAGAUGUGGAUUUCGGCAGAGAGAGAGGCGGGAGUCCUGCAAUCGAAAAGAGGAAGAGGGACAAGGAAUUUGAAGAGUUUGGUGUUCCAAGUAAAAAGCGAGGGUCCGAGUUUCCAUUCGCGAAGCCUGCUGCUGUCCCUGCCAAAAAUCCGUUCGCCAAAAAGCCAGCUGGCUCCAAUCCGUUUGCCAAGUCUUCUGGGGGCGCGACUCCGCUAGAUGGCAAGAAGAGCACGAGCUUCUUCGAUCGAGUUGACAAACUUGAGACUGAUGGAGUCCCUAAGACGAAAAAGACGAGUAAGAAGGAAAAGGCUGCCGAGGCUGCUGCGUCCGGCAGCAAGCAAACUUCCCUUUUUGCGGCUGGUAUCUCCAAAAAGUCCAAGAAGGCCGACCCCGAGACUCCAGUGGAGGAAGAGGAGGAGAGACAGGAGACGGAUAUUGGAGACGGCGCCGCGGAAACGUUCGUGGAAGACUCUGCCCAAGGGUCUCUGGAUCCGGUAGAAGAAGAGGAAGAAGAUGCGGAGGAAGUGGGCACACAAGUGGAUGAGACUCAGGCUCCCAAGAUCUCAAGUGCCCAUCUCAGGGCGUUUCAAGUCAAGAUGGCUAACCCUGAUACAGCAGCCCGAGAAGCGAUCACCAUUGUCUUGCCACUUCUUUUGCUUUUCGUGGCCUCGAUAUGGUUGUUCAAACGUGGAGGUAAGAAGAGCUCGGGAGAUUCGAAACCAAGAGGGGGAGGUAGGAGAGGGGAUGAUGAUGAUGGUGAUAAUGGAGGGGGUGGAGGGGGUGGGCGAAGUCAUGAUCUCGGAGGUGACGGAGCUUUGCGUCCCAAUGGGGGCGGCGGAAGUGGUGGCGGGGGUGGAGAUGGCAAUGAUGGCGGAGGUGGUGAUGAUGCUGAUCGCAAGAGACGCCGCAAGGAUCAAGACAAGAAGGACAGGAAGGACAGGAAGGACAGGAAGGACAAAGAAGACCAGGAGAGAAGGGAGAAGGAUGCAGAACGCGAGAAACGAAGAGAGGAUAGGAAAAGGCAAAAGGCAAAAGAAGCUGAUGAACGUCAGGAGCAAGAAGAGAAGGCCCGCAAAGAGCAGGAGAAGGCUCGCAAAGAGCGGGAGAAGGCUCGCAAAGAGCAGGAGAAGGCUCACAAGAAAGCGGACGGGGAUCGUGCCAGGGAUAGGGGCAGGGGAAAUGGUGCAGAUGAAGGGCUUGGAUCGCGCGGCGCCAAUGGUAGUGAUGACAGCGACACUAACGAUGACGAUGGGAAUGAUCAAGAUGACAGAGGAGGGGUUCGCCGUCACGGACGCCACAAAUCUCCUGCUACUGGCAGCAGCUCUCCACUCACCUCGGCAGGGGAUGCUUCGGACGAUGCCUCAGCUCAAACUGGCGAUCACACAUCUUCAGAGAAGUCUUCCCGUGACUACCCUCCAAGAUCAACGCAAGAUUCUCCCUCUGACUCUCCCCUUUCUUCGUCUGAUUCCGAUCCCAGCAGCCCGCUCGAAUAUAACACUGGAGGUGGUGACGGAGGUGGCGGAGAUGACCCGCCUCCUCCGGGUUCACAAGGCAAGGUCCGGAACGUCUUCAAGAUUGCUGACGAUGUAAGUCUCGCUGUCAAUAGCCGAGGCGGCCAAAGGUAUCGCGUACGAACCAAUAGUCAGUCAGAUGGAAGCGACUUUGACGACGCUCCAGGUGGCCGGGGGUGGCCAGGAGGAAGAGGUGAUGGUGGCGGUGGCGGUGGUGCCAUCAGGAUACCUCGAGUACCUCCUUACACCACUAUGGGCCCAGCCACACCUAUGACUCCAGGAGGUGCUCAAUUCAAUGACUUGCCUCCUCAAACACCGGCGCCCUUCCAUCACACUCAACGUAUACCGGGCACCCCUAACACUGCUCGCACACCUGCGUCUCCUUUAUCAGCAUUGCCACCUGUGACAGCAGCUCUGCAGCAUGGUUAUCCUGCUCUGAUAAACGACGAGGGUGUUGACCCUUGGGCAUAUCGAUCAGCUGCACCCGGUAAGAGCAGCUUUACUCCAAGUGAUCUGGAUCCUCUGGUCACCAAGGAAGCACAUCGUCAGCCCAGGACGUUAUCCGACAUACUGGGUGUCCCGGGCCUCGAAGGAAGCUUGGGUCCGGGCUUGGAUCCAGGCAACAAGUUCUGGCCUACCAUGUUUGGGGACCUCGGACGACGUACUGAAAACGACAGUCGAGGCGGGUCCAGCGCCAGCCCGGUAAUGGAGCGCACUGGAGUUUGGGGAGAGGCCCCACUGAGCCCGAUAGAUUUGCAGCCUAUUCACAUCCAAAAUUCCGGAGGAGAUGGUGAUGAUAACCGGCCGGCCAUACAGCUUUCCCCCCUUAAACCUCCCAAAUCGUCUUUCAGUGAGAGAGAAAAGACCAAGAAAAAAGAGAAAAGACGUCGAUCAGAAAGGUCUCAAGCCCCUACAAGCGCAAGCAAAGUACGAUUUGGCGAUGUCGGCUCGCGCCCUAUCACUCCCGAAAUCGAGGAGAUCCCUGAGACUUCCAGUGCCAACAUUGAGAAAAAGGUCUCUGGUGAAGAUGCCGUCAAGGACGAUGAGGCAGAAAAGGUGCACAAGGACAAGGAGAACGAGAAAAGGGACAAGGAGAAAGAGAAAAAGGACAAGGAGAAAGAGAAAAAGGACAAGGAGAAAGAGAAAAAGGACAAGGACAACAAGGAUAAGAACAAGGAUAAGAACAAGGAUAAGAACAAGCGUCAGACCGAGACGAAAACAGAUAAAGAGGACGGUGAACCAAAUAAAGAGAAGCAGAUCCGAAAAGAGAAGGCUAAGAAAUCCAAAGAGGAAGACACGGAAGAAGAGGGGGAGGAGGAGGAGGAGGAAGUCGCAACCGAAAAUGACAAGAAGAAGGUGGAUAAGAAGAAGAAGGAUAAGAAGAAGAAGAAAGAGAAGGACAACAAAAGCAGUGAUCAAGAGACCGAGCAAGAACCAGAAAAGGACGGAGAGACAAAGAAGGAUAAGAAAAAGAAGCUCGAAGAGGUUGAGGUCUUGGUGAAGGACCCAGAGACGGGAGAAAUCAAGAAACAGAAAGUCAUCAAAGAGGUCGAAUCCAAGGAAGAGGGCCCCAGAAAGGUCAAAGAUGCCGGUAAAAAGAAGAAGACCAAAGGCGACAAGGAAAAGGAGGUAACGGAGUCAGCAGAGGAGGAUGCCGUGAAGGAGAAAAAGAAGAAGAAGAAGAAGAACGGUAAAUCGGGGGAGGAGGAAGAGGAAGAAGAGGAAGGAGUUGAAAAGGCGAGAAAAAAGAAAAAGAAGAGCGAUAAGGGCGGGGAUGAGGAUGAGGAGGAUCGAGAAGGCACAAAAACAAAGAAGAAAAAGAAAAAGACACAAGAAGAGGCUCAACCAGACAGCGACGAGGAGAGCGUGAAAGGUAAAGAAGGCCCCGGAAAGAAGAAGAAGGCCUCUGAGAAACAAAAGGAACGCACCAAAAAUGAUGUGGUCAGCGACCAGGACGAAGAGGACGAAGAAGCCGUAUACCAGAGAUACACCGACAAGAAUGGCAAGCAAAGGCUUCGUAAAGUUCCCGUCGAUGCCCAAAAGAAGCAGAAGAAGCAGCGGCAGCAGAUGGCGGACGCAGGCCAGUAUGAGGAGGACGAAGACGGCGAGCAAGAAAUCUACUAUGAUCGCCAGGGCGCGCCUAUCAGACAGCGCAACAGCAAGCAACAGCGACAAAGGCAACAAGGCCAGUCCGACGAAGCUGAUAACACUGUACCAAUCGAGCUGCAAAUGGCCGAUCAAGGCGGAUCAGUGGCACGACAACGAGGAGCUCAAGGUAAUCAGCAGCAACAGCCUCUUGGUGAUCUUGACGAUGACUUGUCUCAGAACCUUUCUCUCGAAGAGCGACGUAUUAUUGCCGAACAGAGAGGCAGAAAGUUGGGGAACAACAAGAUCCCUAACCAUACCCGGACCGAUGGAGUCGACAAUGAUGUUUCACGCGGGGAAGACGAGGGAGAGGAGGGUACGGAUAAUGCGUCGCUGAAAGACAAAUUGCGUAAUAAAUGGGACAAGACAAAGAUGGGAGAAGCAGAGGAGCCUGCCGGAAAAGUGGAUACCAAGUCUGAACAACCAAGCACAAGCUCUGAUGGAACCCCUCUUGUGGAAGAAGAUCCCACAGCAAGGAGCGAACACCGACAGCCCAAAGGUCCAAAGGGACGAGUAUCCGAUCCCGAAGAUGUCGCGCAUGAGGCCGAUAAAGGCGACAAGGAUCAAGACAAAGAUCGUGAGCAGAAGCAAAAGCAGGAAGACGAAAAGAAGAAGGCAGAUGAGGAUGAGGCUGCUACAAAAGAGAAGGAACGCUUAGCAAAGCUCGCUGAAACUCGCCGUAAUCUUAUGGGUCAAGUACCUGGACAAAACAGUGGCUUACCUCCACUGCGAGAGAAAGCAUCAGCGCCUUCAGACAAAAGUCUAGCGCAGUUGCGAGCCAACCGGGAGAAUGUCAGACAAGGUCCCAAAAGGCUUAAAGAUGAGAUCAGCCACAACGAAGGCAAGCAGAAAGAGAACGAAACUCAAAAAGAGGUAAAAGAGGGUGAAGAGCAAACUGGUCCCAAGGGCGAUGAACGUAUCAAGCCUACCAAUCCGCAAGACGCAGCGCGACAAGGGGCAAAAGACAUUGAAGAGCGUUUCCGACGUGAGAGGGAGGAUGCAGGGAAUGCACCCGACACGUCCAAGAGCCCGCAGGAUGGAGCUAGAACAGAGACAAAGCAUGAAGAGCAAGACCGGCAAGAGCGCCAGCAAGAGCAAACACCGCCAGGUCAGGAGUCUGUGCUUUUUGGACAUGAGCAACGUACCUCGGAGACGCCAUUGAAACCGGACAACAUUGAAGAACCUCAGUCGCCUGCUGUAGCAGCUCAAUCCAUCAGUGAUCCAAAGGCAAUCGAUCGGGGUGCAGCCAGCGAGCAGACACCUGGAAGCAACAGUGACGGAGCAACUAUACAGUCCGAUUCUGAGAAGAGGGCAGCUGCUGCAUUGAAGAGAAAAGAGACUGCCGAGAAGGAGCGCAAGAAGAAGGAGUUAGAAGGGCGCCAGCGUGAGAAGGAAGGACGUUCUUCAGAGGCAGAUGAUGACGUGGCUCGAACCCUUCCUCCUGUCUCCGGAGAUGAAUCCUCCGUAAAGACCGGGGACGAGUCACAAGACCUCGUACACACCCAGCCUUCCUCACGUGGAUAUCAGGACUCCCAAAGCCUGCCCCGCCCAGUCAGAUCUGACAAGACACUUGAAGGGAACAACGGAGUAACAGACAUGCAGACGGUGGACACCCGCCCCCGACAAGAACCCCAUCACAACGAGACUGAAUCCAAUGCCGUUCGAGAAAUGCUCGACCUUUCGCAAUUGAACGAUCGAGAAAUAGAAGUAUACGAGCGUGAUGGCACUCUGCCAGCAGCUGUACAGUCUGAGCGUAAGGAGAACGUCAGCUCUGAACUCGUGUCACAGCGUCGAGGCGGGCGAGGUCGUAAAGAUCCAGCUCUCGACGAAGAAGUGCAUGAUGAUCAAUCCCGUGAAAAUGAAUCUACCAAUCUUGUUCGGCAAGGCGAUUCGCGAGUCCGAAGAGAGAGAUCCACACAGUCCGAGGUCCCGUUGGAUGGAGUAGAGACGGAUCUCGCCAGCUCGCAGCUCGUCCUUGGUAACGCGCAGAGGUCAGGCCACGAGCAAGGAGCGAGCGAUAGUGCGCUGACAUCCGGAUCUCGUCAUCUUGGGCGGGAGGAUAUUGAUAGACGAAAAGAGGCGAUAGACUUGUCUGAAUUGAAUGAUGACGAGAUUGAGGAAUGGGAGCGAAGUGGUAACUUGCCUCUUGCCACAAAAGAAGGAUCCCAGAGACCUCCAGAGCCCCAAGAGAUCGUUAAAACAAGACGAAAUGAGCAGAGAGGAGAAGGGGCGCCUGCAUUAGAUGAGGUGUCUUUCGAGGUGCGCGGCGAACGUCGAACGGAUCCGGAUGGUGAAAGGGACUCGACUCCCCCUGCAAGACAACAUCCUACCCUACCUCCGAUAGCCUCCAAGUCGGCUGUCGAUGAAGGUAUCGCCUCUCCACCUUUGAGCGGAGCCACUCUGGUCGUAGACUCCUCAGACGAAGAAGCGUCUGGGCCAAGGCAGACAGAAGCCCAAAGACGAAACAUCAAGAAUAUGGAGAUCGAACAGACUGUGGCUCUCAAGAAUGCCGUCGCUGACAAUCCCGAGCUCAUGAAAAAUGCAAUGGCAGAAAACGCAAAGAAGAAGGAAAUGGCGGGAAUGGGGAGCGACGAGAGAAAGAAGGUAAAGAAGACAAGGGGCACCAGCGACAUUGUGACUAGUGAUGAGGAGGAAUUGAGAAACGUCCCCAUUCGAAGACCAUUGGAAAACCGGCGGGGACCUGAACCGACUGGCGAUAGCGAGACUGAAGUCGAGGAAACAGAGAGGGACAUUUGCUGGCAAGCCCAGAAUAAUCAAGAGACGAAAGGGCACAACCCCCGAGAUUCGGGCUACGAUUCCCCCGGAAGGAAUUACAGCGACAAUGAUACGGAUUCGAUGCAUUUCGAGGGCCAGGUGGCAACACCCCCACCACUUUUGCCGCCUCGCCGACAGCAGCCGGACAAAAAUCAUCGACAGGAUCAUUCAAAGGCCCCAGAGGCACCCAGAGCCGAAUCUCCGGUCGAAGAUGUUUCUUCGGAAGAAGAGGAGUAUGUCGACGACCCGAAUAAGACACCAGCAGAGAAUGCUCGAGAAACCUGGCGGAGUAAGGCCGAUGCUGACAGAAAGAAGAAGGAGCGUCAGCAAAGGAAGAUCCAGGAAGAGGCAGACGGUCAACGCACAAAGCGAGACCAAGCUGUGGUGGAUGAUGACAGUUCCGUUUAUGAGAAACAAGAAGCUCCUCAAUCAUCCCAGCCAGAAGAAGCUUCGAGAAAAAGGAAUGAACAACGAGAUGGCCGACCUGGAGAUGGCGAGAUCUCUCCACUCUCCCCCGAUGACGAAGCUUGGGUCAAUGAUCGCGCCAAACGGCGUGAAAGGGGCGAGAACGUACCUGAAGCUGAAGAGGUUUCCGAUAUCGAAGAAGGGACCCAGCCUCGAUCAGAUCAGUCACAGCGCCAGCAAAGGCCAGAAAGACCCGAGGACGACGCACCCUUGCCCGGUACCGGCUCUGAAAAAGACAAGAAGGGCAGAAAAGAGCGUAUGCGGUUUGGGCAUGAAGAUCGCAAGAAGCAGGGAGAAGCACAAGAGGAGAUCGAAGAGGUGCACAAAGCGACGCGGGAAGAGAGAAGGAGGCAGACGCAGGAAGAGAGGGGGAGAAGACGCGAGGCCGCGGAGGGAAGGCAGCAGAGGGCCGAGAAGGAUGCCAGAGAAAGACUGUCACAGGAAAGACAAGGGCGAAAGGUGCGGGAGACAGAUGCUGACGACGGGGAUAAGUCGAGGAAGGGUCGACGUCAGGCGGCCGAUGGAGAUUCUGAAGAAUCGACCGUCAGCAGCUAUACCAAGCGCAACAUCUCCGUCAACCCUUUCACAUACCUCCGGUCUACCUGGUAUCUUCUCAAAGCCGCUCCGAUAUGGUCCCUUUUGACUACGGGAAUCCUGGUACUAUACAUUGAGAUUACUCGUCAACUCUACGAGAUGCUUUCGGUCUCGUCAGGAAGUACCUCACUCACCAAGAGGGCCUCGUCUGACGUUCCCGCCGACCUCGCCUUCACUCAAAGUUGGUUCUCAGACUUGGUCAGCAAUCUCUCUUUCGACCCAACAGCCUUUUUUGCUUUUAUCAGUAUGUGGAGUAUCCUGUGCUUGCCCAUCCUUGGGCUCUUGAUUCACAAGACGAUAUCUGUUGCUGAGAACCCGCGCCCCAAGAACCCUGACGCUUGGUGGCGAAACCCCUUCACAUCAACGGGUAAACUCUGGCAGGGGUUCAAAGUCUGUUGCCAAUCCAGUACCCGAGCCGUCUUGUUGGACCGACACCUUUCUGGCCCCAGACGAUUUAUGGGGCGGGCGGGAAGGUGGACCUGGCUCCGAAUCCUCAUCUUUUCUAUUCAGUUGGCAGGUUUUGUCCUGAUCAUCCGCCAAGCCAUGAGCCUUGCAUACAUGGUCGGCACCGGAGGCUCGGAAUCGUUCUCUACGCUCCCUGAUGUGGCGUCUUCAGAAAAGUCGAUCGCGGACGUGGCGUCGAGUCUUGACGAUCAAGGCGCCUUUGCUAUCCUCAAUUUCGUCUUUUUCCUCUUGCUCCUCGUUCUUGCCGCUUCUUGGUACGCCCUCCUCCAUGCGGGAUCCCGCCUUCCCCGUCGUGGUCAGACAACAGACGAAAAGCAGGGCUUCGACGGUAGCAAGAAGUCACGCUGGCGUCUUCCAGGCGUCCGUACGUCUCUGAAAUGGUUGGCCAUCAUGAUCAUCCUUAUUGCGGUGAUCGUCUCUCUCCUCUUCUUCCAGAACAUUGCGUCUUACAUUGCUGGAGAAGACGGCGCAUCGGAUGCUAGCAGCGAGGUGGUCAUGUUGGGAGCGAAUAUGAUAUUUUUCGUGUUGAUGGGAGCGAUGGGAUAUGUGGUGUUUGAGCUGGAGAAGGUGUGGAGGAAGCAUCUGAAGGGACGUUUGGGUGGAGGUUGUAAUGGCAGCGGGUGCUGGGGCUGCGGAUCUGAUGUUUCUGUAUAA